UUAACUGGCCAGUCUGAUAACUGUACAUGGAUAGAAGGCUGAAGUUUUUUUUUAGCAGCAGACAUCUGCCGGAAUAUUAGUUGCCUACUGGAAAUUUCUCUGCACUGCAAUUUUGAUUUGGAAAGAGCUUGGUGCCUGAGAUGUCAGUGUUUUCUACAAGCAAGAGUGCUCCUAUUCCAGUGGCCAUUAUAGGCAAUGGCCCCUCGGGAAUCUGUAUGUCUUUCUUGCUGUCUGGUUAUACUCCUUAUAUGAAAGAAGGAGCUUUACACCCAAACGUACUGCUGCAGGCAAAGCUGGAGGAAUCCCCUCAUGUUCCCAUUACAGAGCAGGACUUUGAAUAUCUGUCAGAAGGCUUAGAAGGUCGGUCAAACAGUCCAGUUGCUCUCCUCUUUGAUACACUACUCCGACCAAAUACUGAUUUCUUAGGAGAUGUUGACUCUGCCCUGACCUGGAGGUUGGAGAACCAAAGAGCAAUCCCUCAUCUGGUGCUGGGAAGAGAUCCACCUGGGGGUGCAUGGAAUGCUAUUGAGGGAUCUAUGUUUACACUCAGUCGUGGGGAAUGGAUGGGACUUCCUGAUUUCCCUUUCAAGGACUGGACAAGGAUGAAAAGGAGGAAUGUUAGAAAUGAUAGGUCCACUGCAGGGGACAUUCUAAAUUAUUACCAAUAUUACGUAAGACAGAAGAAUCUCGAGGCCAAUUUCCUCUCAGGAACUGUCGUUACAUCUGUAGUAAGUGUUGACAAAGGAGUUCGAAAUUCUUUUGGAAAGGACAUUUUACAGCAAGAACCUAAGUUCACAGAGCACAAUGCACAUGAAGGAAGUCUGUUCCAAGUAAAUGGAUUCAUAAAAGAUAGCUAUGGUUCCAGUGAGAAAUUCUCAUUAUAUGCAGAGAAUGUUGUUCUUGCAACAGGAACAAAUGAUAGCCCUUCCUGGUUGGGGGUCCAGGGAGAAGACCUUCCCUUUGUAUUUCACCAGAUAUCUGCUUUAGAGGAGGCUAUUAACAUGCAUCAUAUUCAACCACAUUCAGACCCUGUGCUAAUCAUAGGUGCAGGACUCACUGCAGCAGAUGCUGUUCUCCUUGCACAUCACUACAACAUUCCUGUGAUCCAUGCCUUCCGUAGACGUGUUAAUGAUCCAGCACUUAUCUUCAACCAGCUGCCACAGGUUAUGUACCCAGAAUACCAUAAAGUACAUCAGAUGAUGAAGCAGCAGUCUGUUUUUGAAGGCGGUCCCUAUGAAGGUUACAUAAGUCUCCCUGAGCACCACAUCGUUAGCUUCCAUUGUGACAAAAAGUGCACUUUUCGUGACAAGCAAGGACAGAGAAAAGUUUUUGGCAUUUCCAUGGCCUUCAUUUUAAUUGGUUCCAAACCCAACUUGUCUUUCCUACCCAAAAAUGGAACCUAUCUAGCCAUGGAACCAGAGCAGCCAGUUAAUUCCAAAAGAAAUCCCCUGGACAUUGACCCAUUCACCUAUGAGUGUAUGCAGGAAAAAGGGCUUUAUGCUGUAGGCCCCCUUGCAGGUGACUAUUUUGUACGUUUUGUACAAGGAGGCGCUUUAGCAGCUGCCAGUUCACUGCUAAAAUCUCAAAAGAGGCAUCCCUAAUGCAUGAAGUCUAUGUUCUGCUUUAGCUACAAGGACUGCAACAUGGAGUGACAAUCCCUGUGCAGAAUGUAUUCUUUCUUUCUUUUCUUUCUUUUUUUUUGUUACGGGAGUCAAGCACAGGACAGUAAACACCUCAAAGCUGCAUCAUCUUUCCAUCUUUGGGGGCAGAUAUAUCUGCUAGAUGAGAGAAUAUGUUGUUGUUUACAUAAUGUAAUAACUUAUUGUUGAUACUAUGCUGCUGUAAAAAAAUCAAUUGAUUUUUAUGAGUAUAAUUGAAUGUUACAGAUAUGUCCUUGUUUUUUAGGCUUUUAAAGUCUAAAAGCACAUAACUCUUUUACAAGAGUGGUGUGACAAAAAUGCACAAACAUUUUUUAAUAAAAUUCUAUAAUUUUAUAAAUAAGGAUAUAAAAUAUAUUGCUAGUCAGCUGACUAUGCCAGCUACUCAUUGAGUCCUGUUUAACUGGCUGUUCAGUGAAUUAGUACAGCAUAUUAGACUUUAGAACAUGCUUAAAAUGGUGUUGCUCUUUGCCUGCAAGAUGGCCAUUUGCUCAAUGAUCCUUAAAUUUGACUGAUAAAACUGGUGGAUCGUUGCCCUCUUAAACUGCCCACAUAAUUUUGGGCAAAAUCAGGUAUGUCCAAGCAUUCUGCCCUAGGACAAAGCAUGCAAUGCAAAGAGGGGCCUGUGUAGUGCAGUCAGGCUGCCCAUCCCAAUCAGUACUGGAACAACUCUGAAAAGAUCAGUGCCAAUACUAAUCAUAAAAAGUCUGUGCAACCAAUAACAGAUCACCACUAUCAGAGAUAUUAGUUGUUGGACAGGAUACUUGAGGGAGUUCCAAAUGAAAUAAAACAAGUAUGGGCAAUUAAUCUUUUUAAGUGUUUAUGACGAAUGGGAAUUUGAGAAAAAGAGACUCUUGGAAACUUCCACGUCUCAGAAAAGGACAGAUAUGGUAGAGCUAAUUAGUGUUGAUUUUUAUUAUUGAGAAACAAGCUUUAAUUCUGAUAACAUACGAAUUUGGCAGUCAAUUUGGGAAUUUACACAAAGGAGAGACUUCAUGUGAAGAGCUAUGAGAAAUAUUUCUGGUUGGUUGUAGAUGGGGGAGUAUGUGACUUACAGUUAUAUUAAAUCGCAUUCUUAGUGAUUUGAACCACUUAAGACUAAUAAUGCAAAGCAGUCUGAAGAAUGCAACUGCACCAACAGUUUAUAUUAAUGUUAAUUAACUAACAUUAAUUUAAUAAACAUUGACAUAUGAAAUUGUACAUUGUAAUUUGUUUCUAGUCAUUUAUGUGAAUAUUGUUUUUCUUGUUUUUGUGUUUUGAAAAGGUAUUUUCUAAUAGAAAAAAUAUACUUGCCCUUUUUUUACGUGAAUCAUAUUCAAAAUCACUGUUACUGUUCUAUAUUGAAAUGAUCUAUUUCUGAAAAGAUGUUUUUCUCUUUUUACUUUCUUAUGGAUUUUAUACUAAAUUA